AUGUCAAAAAGAUUUUAUGAAACCACCGCACACAGUGAUUUUUAUGCACAAUGCCGACCAACAUAUCCACCUGAUGUGAUGGAGAAAAUUCUAGAUUAUUUGUUUCUCAAAUACUCUCGUAAAGAUGACGAUUUAGUAAUCGAUAUUGGCUGUGGAACGGGUCAAAGUACAAUUUUACUUGCUCCACAUUUUCAACGAAUAAUCGGCUAUGAUAUCAGUGAAUAUCAAGUCAAAAAAGCUAAUGAAACUAAUACACAUUCAAAUAUUAACUAUAAAGUGAUUGUUGGUAGUGAUAUUCCACACGAAGAUUCAUCAGUGGCCUUAGUUAUAUCAGCUCAAGCUGCUCAUUGGUUUGAUCUACCUUAUUUUUAUAAGGAAGUUAAACGAACUCUUACAAUUAAGGGUGUACUUGCUUUAUUUGGAUAUGCGUUUGUUCAAGUGCAUGGUCAACAAUCAGAAAAACUUAAUGAAAUUAUAACGAAUUUUUAUAAAAAAACGCUUCGUGGAUAUGUUCAAAAGGAAAGUGAAGAAGUUUAUUUUGGUCGUUAUCGAGAUGAAAAAUUUCGUGAUCCGCUUUCAUCAACUGAUUUUAUUCGAGACGAAAAUCUCGUCAUCGAAUGUAGAUGGUCAAUUCAACGGUUAUUAGGCUAUAUUGCAUCAUGGUCUGGGUCUCAACAUUUUCUCAGACAACAUCCAACAAGUACAGUUUUCCAUGAUCUAAAUUUGGAAAUAUUUAAAUGCCUGGAUAUAUUCGAUGAUGAAUAUGAACUUGAUCUUUCAUUUGAUAUAUUUAUUUUAAUGAAUCGAAAAACUGAAUAA